UUAUCUACUAACCUCAAUUUAUCGAUUUCAGGAUAACCAGCAAUACCAAGAGGAUAAACAUAAAAUCCGUGGCUACAAUGAGGUGAUUGAAAAGCCCCAGAAAUAUCAAAAGAACAACAAUAUCAACAAUGGAUAUUCCACUUCCUCCUCAUCUCGUUCUGCAGGUUAUCCCUCCAAAUCACCCGAAUGCAAACCUCAACAGCUGACCGCCAUCGGUAAUCGCCUACUCGAUUGGUUCUCCGUGAUUAUGGCCGAUAGCAAGAAACGUCGCCAACAUAGUCAAAAAUCUAAAGCUCAUUUCCCACCCGCCUGCAAGACCGAAGCCAAAUGGAUGUUUGGACAUUUGGAUUUGAACAACGAUGGCUAUUUGUCGCUGCAGGAAAUGUACGAUCUGGAACAUGAUCAGAAUGAACGAUGCAUUAAACCGUUCAUUGAUACCUGCGAUUUGGAUCAGGAUAAUUCGAUAAAUACCCGCGAAUGGUGUCGUUGCUUUGAGAAAACAGAUCGUCCUUGUGCCGCUGUACGACGAAGAAUCGCUGGCGAUUUUGCAGGAGCAUAUGCACCGGAUUGUGAUGUCCAGGGUUUCUAUAAGCCAACCCAAUGCCAUAACUCUGUUGGUGUUUGCUGGUGUGUGGAUAAGCAUGGUGUCGAAUUUGCCAAUACCCGUACACGAGGAAAACCAAAUUGUG